UUGAAGGAUCCGAUUGGAAAUGAUUCAUCCGGAGGCUACACCGAGGCGGAUCGGAUCGGCUCGGCGUGCUCUAACCCGUUAACGGCCAUUUUCGGGGUUACUUUUAAGGGAUUUUGGGAUAAUGUUGGAGCUUUUAGAUUCGUGCGAUUCGCGAAGAUUUAGGGCAUCAAAGAUGCAAAUCAACCCUUCAUUUUACACAUCAAGCUUCAUGGCAGUCGCCGCCGUCGCCACCGCUUCUCCGUCUUCUCUGAUUUACACGCGGCCUUCGUCGAGAUCGGGCGGGCGGAUCCCUGGGAGCGCACGGAGGACGACCGCACUGGUGAUGGCGGCGGGAAACGGCGGCGGGAGGACGAUGCCUCACGUGCUCACCGUCGCUGGGUCCGAUUCUGGCGCCGGAGCCGGGAUCCAGGCAGACAUCAAGGCCUGCGGGGCCCUCGGCGCAUACUGCUCCUCCGUCAUCACGGCCGUCACCGCGCAGAAUACCGUCGGGGUUCAGGGUGUCCAUCCCGUGCCGGAGGCGUUCGUGGCGGAGCAGCUGAGAUCGGUGCUUUCCGAUAUGGCGGUCGAUGUGGUAAAGACGGGGAUGCUUCCUUCUGUAGGCAUAAUAAAAGUUCUAUGCCGUAGUCUUCAGGAGUUCCCUGUUAAAGCUUUAGUUGUGGAUCCAGUCAUGGUUUCUACAAGCGGCGACAUGCUUGCUGGGCCAUCAACACUUUCAGGAUAUCGGGAUGAACUUUUUGCGAUGGCUGAUAUUGUCACUCCAAAUCUCAAAGAAGCAUCAGCUUUACUUGGAGGCAUGUCAUUGAGAACAGUAUCUGACAUGUGUUCUGCAGCAAAAUCUAUACAUAACUUAGGUCCCAGGAAUGUACUUGUGAAAGGUGGCCAUCUCCCAGGUUCAUCAGAAGCCACUGAUGUAUUUUUUGAUGGAGAAAAUUAUCAUGUGAUACGCGGAUCACACGUAAACACCCGUAACACCCAUGGCACUGGAUGCACUCUUGCUUCAUGCAUAGCAGCAGAACUCGCCAAAGGUUCCCCGAUGCUGCAAGCUGUUCAGAGGGCCAAGACGUUUGUCGAGAGUGCUCUUGACUACAGCAAAGAUAUCUUAAUUGGAAACGGACCUCAAGGCCCCUUGGACCACUUAUUUGAUCUCAACACUCAUGCCCAUACUGCAGGAGCGAGAUCAUUUGAUGCUAAAGAUCUUUUCUUGUACGCAGUUACGGAUUCUGGGAUGAACAGGAAGUGGGGUCGUUCCAUUGUGGAUGCCGUGAAAGCAUCCAUCGAAGGAGGUGCCACCAUUGUUCAGUUGAGAGACAAGGAGGCUGAGACCCGUGACUUCAUCGAAGCAGCAAACGCUUGCUUGGAAAUAUGCCGAUCCAACGGAGUGCCGCUGCUGAUCAAUGACCGAGUUGAUGUUGCACUCGCUUGUGAUGCCGAUGGCGUGCAUGUAGGGCAAUCUGAUAUGCCAGCUCGAGUUGCUCGUAGCAUUUUAGGGCCUCAAAAGAUCAUCGGCGUCUCAUGUAAGACCGCAGCACAAGCAGCGCAGGCAUGGGCGGAUGGCGCGGAUUACAUCGGCUGUGGGGGUGUUUUCCCGACUACUACAAAGGCCAACAAUCUCACGGUGGGUUUGGAUGGCUUGAAGGCGGUUUGUCUGGCUUCCAAAGUGCCUGUGGUCGCCAUUGGUGGUAUCAGCGCUGCAAAUGCUGGCUCAGUGUUGGAGAUUAGCGUCCCGAGCCUGAAAGGUGUUGCCGUCGUCUCUGCUCUAUUUGAUCGCGAGUGUAUUGGUACUGAAGCCCGUCGGCUCAAGUCAAUCCUGAUGGACACAUCCUCCCACGCUAAAUUAUCGGUUUGAUGUUUGGGUAUAGUUUCUUUCCAGGAUUCAACUGGAAUGUGAAUAAGUCCUGACAUUAUAGCAGUUGAUGUAUCGAUCGAUCAAGAGGGUAAAUGACUGCUUCCGAAGUUGUGUGUCUCUGA